AUGCCCCCACCCGUUCCUCAACUGCCGCCGCAAAUGUUCACGACGGCAGCACAACUGCUUGACUUGACCGACAGUGAGCAUUUCCUGCCUCAUCGCAUACACUGUGUCCUCAUGGUGUCACUUCGCGACGGCAGAAAACUGAUUGGCGUCUUGAGGAGUUGGGACCAGUUCGGUACGAGGCCAUGCUGCGAUACCGUGGAACGACUCUUCGCCCAAAACCUCUAUGCCGAUGUCGACCGUGGUCUUUUCCUGGUCAGAGGAGAGAACGUCUUGCUACUCGGUGAAAUCGAUCUGGACAGAGACGAUUACGUUCCCCCUCCCUUCCAACAAGCGACCGUCAACCAAGUCUUCGAGCUACACAAGCAAGAGCAGGCCCAAAAGAAGAAGCAGGAGAAGAUUAGGCACAAGAAGCUGGCUGCCUACGGUUUCGAGGGCGAGCACUCUGGAGAGGCCAUUCUGUGA